UAUGUCAAAAGUAACAAGUAUAUAAUGCUUAAUAACUGUAAACUGUGAAAAUAAUAACAGUUUUAUUGACUUUUGCAAUUUUCAUCAUUCACAAGUCUACAAUUUGUACAACUACAGUGUUCCUGUGAAUCACCGUUUGCACAUAUCAUUUGUACCACCUGGUAAAGCUGUGAAUAUGUCAGCUAUUUUGAGCUGAUAACUGCCCAACAGACUGGGAAGUAAUUGUGGUUGACGUGAGCUUGAGCUCAUUUUGUAAUCACUGGAUACAGGUCUGAUACUAGUGAUAGCCUGCAUCAAUUUGGGUUUUCCCCAGGUGCAUGGUACAACUGAACUGUAUUCUUUUUGUGUAUUUUCAGAUGUAAAUUGAGGGCAAGUGACCUAAGGAGGUGAAAGCAGUCGCUACAUCACACAGUAUCUAAGAUGAUAUUGAGGUUUACUGUGAUGUGAUAAUCAAGGUUAUUCAGAGGUUGCAAAAUAACCAUGUCUUCACCAACCUCUCCAAAGUCCUCAAGAAAGAGGGGUAAAAAACGACCUCCUGUAAAAUUAACUGUAAAAAUUCCUAGCCCUCAGAAAAAGAAGAAGGUGAAAAGUGAAAGUUUGGAUUGUGAUGAUCAUGAUUACACUUGUACAGUGUGUGACUUUUGUUCAAAGUCAUUUGGAGAUGGAGCCAAAUUGUUAAGUCACAUGAGGAAGAGUCACCGCCAGGGAUCACAUAUCUGUAUGUGUCACGGCAAGCUUUUCAAGACUCGCAGAAGCAUGCAAAGCCAUGAAGAGAAGAUGCAGGACGGCACAAUGGGUCAGAGAAAGAACUAUCGGAAGUACACUCAAGAGGCCUUGCUCAAUGCCUACAAUGCUGUAAAAGAAGGGAAAAUGUCGACAAGAAAAGCAGCUAAGAAAUUCAGUAUCCCUUUCACCACGCUCCUUGACAGAGUUGCUGGUCGGUUUGAAGUCAACUCAUAUAUGGCUACUUCAGGACCAAGGCCUCUCAUAAGCCGAGAUGAUGAACAAAAACUCUGCCUUCAUGUGCAGUUCAUGGCUGCCAUCGGCUACACAUACCUCCGGACCACCGUCACACAGCUGGCAACAGAACUCGCUACUUUUAAAUGUGUCCUUGAUGAAGGCAAGUCUUUAUCGGACAACUGGUACAGAAAGUUUGUGAAUCGUUGGCCUGAGCUAUCAAAGAAACCCAAAGGAGCCAAUGCUGUGUCUUCUGCAAGUACAGAAGUUGUGAAGAAGUAUUAUCAAGAGUAUGUUCAAACAUUGACCACACAUGGUAUAAAAGAUAAACCUGAGAACAUCUAUUGUUUGACUGUGUAUGAACUGAACAUCCAGAAGUAUGACCAGAGUCUAGGAAAGAAGAAAUCAUCUGGCAAUAAAGUUUCUGAUAUGGUGUCCAUCAUCUUUUGUAGUAAUGCUGCUGGGUCAUCUAUUGCUCCUUUCUUUGUGUUUAGUGGUGGUGCUUACAGUGACAAGCUCAUGGAGGGAGCUCUGCCAAACUCACAAGCUCGUGUGUCACCUUCAGGGGUGAUGGAUAGCUCAAUGUUCAAGGACUACUUCAAGAACCAUCUUCUGAAGCUUCUGAAGGCAGAUGCGGAUGUGAAGGAUGGGCCUGUGUUGGUAACAUACAAUGGCCACCUGAUACACUUUGAGAUAGAACGUAUUGAAUGGGCAAGAAAGCAUGGAGUCUUACUGUUUGCACUGCCACCAGUAACCGACCAUCUCAAGACAUCACUGGACUCAGAAAUGAAGGAUAUGUUCCACCAGUUGUUCAAACAAGAGGCCAAGAAGUACCAGAAGAAACAUUUUGGAGAUCCACUCACAAAGUAUAAUGUCUGGAGUCGUUGUCAGGAAGGUGUUUCCUCAAGUCUUCACAAAAAGAAUCCUCAUCCGUUUCUUCAAGAAUGCUGGAAUUUAUCCUGUUGUACCUGAGCUUGUGGACCCGGAAGUCACCUUUGCAGAUGUAGAAGAUGUGGACGAGUCUGUGUAUGAUGAUCUAGAAAGCACUGAAGCUUUCCUUCAAGUUCGGCUUCCAUUUCCAAAUGUAGCAAACAGAGUCCUUUUGAGGAGAAAUGGGUUGCCACUUCAAACCUCCAACAAGAUGCUCGAGAGGUUUGGUCAACCUUCAAAGAAGGAUGAGAAGGCACCUUUGAAGUUGGCCACCACUGAACAUUCUUAUGUACAUGGAGUAGUGUUGAACCAGGCUAAGAGUGAGACUGAUGAUACUGUGUCAGUGGAACCAAUCAUUGAUGUGCCUCAUUCGAGUGUGUCUCCCUGUGCACCUGAUCCAGCCACAAAAGGGGUUCAGGUAGAUGACACAGGCACUGUAGACAAUGUGAUCAGCGAGGUUACUGCCGUCGGUGAAGUGGAUGUUGAGGACACUCUUUAUGUCAUCGAGACACAAGUCGUAUCAUCAGUGGUGGAGGUGGGAACCACUGAGCUCGUCCCAGUAGGUGUUGAUGCUGGUGAAAGUGAGGAACAAGAGAUCACAUUGAGGACCUCGAGUCAGGAAACUGGAUCAGAAUUAGAUCCUGAUCAGCCAGUCAGCUUACCUCACUAUGCUUAUGUUGUAGAUCCAGCCACAAAGAUCAAAUACAAGAUAAUGUUUGCCGAAUAACUCAACAGCAUCACAAACUGACAUGAGUCUCAGCAAAAUCCUGUUUCUCCUGACAGCUAAGUUUGUGACAAGUGUGAUGGAUAUCCAUAUAUUUUUGGUACUGACUGGAUUGACCUGUUGUUACAAAAUAACUGACCGUUUAUCAAAAGGAAACAUACAAUAGCCCGUGGAGGGUCACAAAAUGAGAGUUGUUUGAUUCUGUGCAGGACAUUCUGCUAGUUCCUAAAGGCUAUGUGUGUGUGUAAACUGGGAUGUACAGUCAGCCCAUUGUGUCCCUUGUGCUUCCCAGCUGCAAAUCAUCAACAGCUUGCAUAUGGUUCACUUGUAAUAAAACGAUAACAAAACAUU